AAAUUUCACCACGUAAUCGCCGCCCUCAACCCAACGGAAGCAGCGGAGGUGCGCGACAUCAUACUCUCUCCCCCGGCCGACCAGCCAUUCGACCGGCUGAAACUCGAGCUCGUCCGCCGCACCACCCUCUCCGAGCAGAAGCGCCUGCAACAGCUCCUGACUGCGGAGGACCUGGGGGACCGAAAACCGUCCCAGUUACUCCGCGGGAUGCGCCAGCUGCUCGGGGAGAAAGCUUCGACGGUCGACGACUCGCUCCUUCGGCAGUUGUUUUUGCAGCGCCUACCAGCUAAUGUGUGCAUGGUGUUGGCGGGUGCCGGAGACAUGACGCUUGACGAUCUCGCUGCCCUGGCGGAUAGGGUAGUGGAAGUUGCGUCACCCAGCAUCUCUGCCAUCGACAGCUCGGUUCAAGCGCUUCCAGCCUCAAACGAAGUAAAGAACCUGGUUUCCUUCACGGAAUUCAGAGCCCUGCGCGACGAGGUCCAGCGCAUCGCGCAGUCACUUGCAACCCUGGAAAAACCACGGCCGAGACGCCCUCGCUCCUUUUCUCGCCCUCGUGGGUCGUCGCGCGCUGCUGAGAGUACUGGAGUUUGCUGGUACCACCACCGCUUUGGCGACGACGCCACCAAGUGCGUCCUGCCCUGCGCUCAACAGGGAAACACCCGGGCCACGCACUGA